GCGCUGCGUCUGAUAUUCAGAAUUUGGCGCCAGCUAAUGUCUUCAUCCUUGACGGCUUUACCUGCAGUUUGAUUCGGACUGAAGCAGUGGUCUUAACAGUUGUUCUCCGGUGUUGAAAACUGUCUUCAGUGCUGGACUAUGGUUGCUAGCUUCUGAAAAGGUCCACACACCAUGUCUUUGGCAGUGGAAACCACAGUGGCCAGAAUGUCUCUCCCUCUUCCAGCUCACUUUUCCCUUGCAGAGCAGUCCUUUUCACUCAAAAAGCGCCGCCACCCUCAUUCCUCAUCCUCAACAUCCACAUCAUCCUUCCCAUCUCCUACCCGGCUCUCAAAUUCAGUGCCCCCACGGCCACCAUCCAAAGGAUGUGCCCCACUUAGCAGGAUGUUCCCCCAGCAUCCAUCCCCUUGGACACCCUUAUCUCAUUCCCUGAGUAAAUCCCCUCCGCCGAGUUCAGUGUAUGAUCCCAGCAAGCAUCAAUCCUAUUACAGUCAGUGCUUCACUAAUUUGGGUUUGCUGGGAAGAGGCUCCUUUGGAGAGGUCUACAAGGUGCAAAGCAAUGAGGAUGGCCGACAGUAUGCAGUCAAACGUUCUACUCAUCGCUUUAGAAGCAAGAGCGAGAGGAGCCGGAGUCUGAAAGAAGCUAGAAACCAUGAGCGCCUCUGUCCCCACCCUCACAUCCUGAAGUUUGUAGCAGCCUGGGAGGAGUAUGGACGACUCUACAUUCAGACAGAGUUAUGUAGUACCAGCUUGUUGCUCCACGCUGAGAACCAACCUCCUGGACCAGAUGAGCCUGCAGCGUGGGACUACCUCUGUGAUCUUCUGUCAGCACUGCAGCACUUACACUCCCAUGGUUUUGUGCAUCUGGACCUCAAGCCUGCCAAUGUGCUCAUCACUGCAUCUGGCCGUCUGAAGUUAGGGGACUUUGGGCUGUUGCUUGAGUUCAAGCAAAACAGUACAGACCCUGCAGAGGGUAAAGUGAAAGAGGAUGUUCAGGAGGGAGAUCCCAGAUACAUGGCUCCUGAGCUGCUUCGUGGGGAGUAUGGACCUGCUGCAGAUGUUUUCAGUUUGGGCGUUUCUAUUCUGGAGCUCGCCUGUAACAUUGAGGUUCCUAAUGGUGGGGAAGGCUGGCAGCAGCUCAGACAAGGCUGCCUCCCAUCAGAAGUUACCAAUGGCCUGUCAGUUGAGCUUCAGACAGUACUGCGGAUGAUGUUGGCCCCCGAACCCUUGCAGAGACUAACAGUUUCUGAGCUUCUUUCUCUACCAGCUGUUAGAAAACGCAGAUGGAAGAGACGUAUCUACCUUGUACUCACAGAGGCAGUGCUCGCACUCACUUCCAUCUGUCAGUUGGCAGUAUGCUUUGGGUGUAGACUCCUAUCCUUCCUUCACCUACCCUUCCUUCACUGGACCAAACCUGUUCCCUGCACUCCCCCCAAGGACAGCUGGGACAGAGACCUAACCCUGCCCCUCAGCGCCAUGCAAGCUGACUCAGGGAGUACAGAUGAUGAGGCAGUGUUUUUGGCUGAUCCUAUCAAGCCAGUGCUUUCGCCCAACUUCUCACACAGGUUGAAAACAAGACUGUCUAUGGAAAGCACAUCCACUCCUCUUCCAGAUUCACCAGCACGCCAUCGAAGUCCCCCCCAUACACCCAAUCGCUCAGUGUCAGAUGAUUGGUUGUCCUGUAACUUAGCACAGACCCCAUCCAGUAUCCACACAAAUGGUUCCUGCUAUACAAUGACGCCCAGUGCAAGCCCCAUACAUACGGAGAGUCACACCGACAGCGUGAAUAAAACCUCCACAUCAUGCCGACGCUCUUCAUCCAAAAAGUCUGUGCCGCGAAGUGGUCGAGGUCGCAACUGGGUUAUAGCCGAAAAAGAUUUCCCCCGCCAAAACUUCGAACCAAAGAACUUGCUCAACCUGUUUGAGGAAACUGCCAUGGAGGGACAGCUAUGAGACUGCCAAAAGACAUUCAGAGAAAAAAGCUUUUUUUUGUUUUUGUGCUUUAAGGUGGCUGGUAAAAUGAAUGUGUAAAAUUCCCUCAUCAGUUUACUGAACUAUUUUUGCCAUUUUUUUUAUAGAACUUCAACAACUUAAUUUAACAAGACUAGGAUAAGUGUGAAUAUGUAAGCAGACUUUUAUGCACUUUUUACAUUUGAGCAAAUGCAAUUUGUUGCUAAAAUGACAAGUCCUCAUUUUAUUGUUGAAUAUAUUUGAACUCAUAGCCAUGUACCUCAUGAGUUUAAUCUCCUGUAUCUCCAAAGAAAAUAAACUGAGGGGAAAUCAGUUGGCUUUUAAGGCACCUCAAAAUAUA